AUGGAAUUCCCCAAUCUCGGUGAGAAUUGCUCAGUGUCAACUUGUCGAAUGCUUGACUUCUUACCCCUUCGGUGCUCGGGGUGUCACGGUGUUUUCUGCAAGGACCACUAUCUAUAUGAUAACCACAACUGUAAAAGUCCUGACAUUAAAAACAAACAGGUCCCAGUUUGUCCUUUAUGCGGAGCGAUUGUUCCUUUAAGACCGGGGGAACUUCCUGAUGUACAGGUAGGAAAUCAUAUAGAUGCAGCUUGCCGCUCAAAACCAGCUUUAGAGUUAAAAGGAAAACUAUUUAGCAAUGCAUGUUGUAUGCCUCGUUGUAAAAAGAAAGAACUUGUACCUUUCACUUGUGAUCGAUGCAAAUUGAAUUUCUGUGUCUCACAUCGUAAUGAAUUAGAUCAUGCGUGUAAAGGAUUUCAGGGGAAUCAGAAUAGUUCAAGAAAAUUGUCAGCUGCUGGUGCAGCAGCUAUACACAGAGCUGUUUUUAACAGUUUCAAUAAUAGCAAUAAUGCAUCUUCAAAGGGAGCAUCAUCGACAAACAAAUUCCAGUCCGGCACUACAUCUUUCGAUGAGAAUUCACAUAAAAAACUACAAGAAGAAGAAGACUUUCAACUAGCAUUGGCUUUGUCUGCUUCACUUUCUAAUGAAUCGCCUUUACAAUCGUCGAGAUCAACGCCUAAUAAUACCUCCCAGAAAUCUCCAUCAUGUUCUAUUUCCUGA